CACAGGCCUCGCACAGUCCGAUCGGUCUGGUAUAUAGCUCUGCACUGGUUGCGCUAGCCGCCUUUGGCAUUGGUAUCGCGGGCCUGGCUUUCUCCUUCACUUCGAUGACGUCGACCAAAUCCAACAGUGGUCUCUCAAAACGUGCCCUCUCUGACGGCGUCCUCAAGACCGCUCAUGGCAAAGCCGGCCUCGUACUGUUUAUUGCCCUUUACGGGUUGGUCCCUGUCCUUGCGCUGUUGUUCGUCGGAUGGCGAAGUCUCUCUGGGGCACCAGCGAAAGGAGAGGAAGGCAAGUUGGCGCGCGGACGGUCACGCGCCAAUUCAACCGAUACCGCUGAGAAGCUCAACUCGUACAGAACGCCCGGCACCCCCGGACAACAGUCCAUCGGGCGCUCUGCCGCGGCAUCUCCCCAGCCUGAGGUCAGCCCUCAGCGGCGGCGGUUCCAUUCGUGGGGCGGGCCGGGCCUGUUCCCCGGUAUACGCGGCAGGGAGGCGCGCACGUCGACAGAGAGCGCAACGGAAUCGGAAGCAUCGGAGGGUCCCCAGCGCGCGUUUGAAGUCGUCAAUCGCCCCCAGCGCACCCGCCACCACAGCACGACGGGCACGCUUACAUUGUCUGACUUUUCACACCAGCACCGCAUACCGGUCGCUCCGCGGAGCCUAGGUGAUCUCAGCUGGCUCGACCGCAGGCGCAGCGUCAACGCAGUAGGAGAGCUGGACUAUGCGCUGCAUCAGAUUAAUAAUCGUACGGUGCCGCAGACGCCCGUCCCCACGGAUAUGCUCAGCACGCAAGCACUGAUGGCAGGAACUCCAUCAGUACCCCCGCCACACGCUACCAUACCUCCGAUGGCCGAGGUCGUACUACACACGCUUUUUCACGCCCUUAUACUAGCACUGUGCAUCCUGUCUCUAUUUGCUCUCUGGGACCGUGCUCCCAAGGCUACCUUUGCCGUGUUCCUGGCUUGGACAAUCGCCUGUUAUGCUCUGCUUGUUUGGCUUGCCUGGACAGGCAGACCACGGAAUUCCACGCUCACUGUGCUACUGAUUCGUGUGCGAGGCGAAGGACAGAUGCCUAUAGCGACCACGACGCCCAGCCCCUCCCGCCCGCUGUCCAUGGCGGGGACUGACCAGUACCCCUUUCCAACUGAUUCACGCGGACCGUACUUGCAGCAGCCGCCUUUCCGGGCAGCCCACGAGGACGACUACUACUCGAAUUCACACGGUGGCCCUGGACCAUCCGCCGAGGACGAUCCUGGCUCUGAAGAAGAUGAACAGCGCCGCAUCGAGGAGGAGAUGGAUCGGCGAGACGUGUCCAUCGUCACAGUGCCCAAGCGGAGGCUAUGGAUCGCAAAUCCCUCCACCCUCCAUGACUUACUUGCUCGCUCGCUCUCCCGCUUGACUCUUAUUACUUCUAACCCAUACCCACAAUCCCCCUCCCCCCUCUUUUCCAGUUCUCUCAUCUUGUGCCAGCUGAUUGCCUCUCCGCCAUGUUGUCGUUUUCACCUCUUCCUCACUGAUACCUGCAUGCAUUGAAUCACCUUCCCCAUCUUAUCCCUCCCAUUGCUUAUUUCCUCUCGCAUAGAUCUCUCGCGGACAUUCGUAUCUAUGCCGCUGUAUUUGCUUCUACUGUG